UAGAUCGAGAACCCACAAACCUCUUCUAUAUCUCUCAUUUUUCUGUCUAGCUAGUUGAAUUUCAAGACCUCAAUUAUAGAUGAAACCACCGUACUUUUUUGUUUUCUUCUUCUUCUUCUUUUUAGGAAUAUCAGCAUAUCCAGGCAUAAAAAGACAACACUAUCCAUGCAAAAACUUAGUUUUAUAUUUUCAUGACGUUAUCUAUAAUGGCCAGAAUGCUGCUAAUGCAACUUCUGCUAUUGUAGGCGCACCCCAAUGGGGAAACCUCACAAUAUUAGCAGACAAGUUUCAUUUUGGGAAUAUAGCAGUUUUUGACGAUCCAAUCACAUUAGAUAACAAUUUUCAUUCUGUUCCAGUAGGUCGGGCUCAAGGGAUGUAUUUUUAUGACACCAAGAACACAUUUACUGCUUGGCUAGGGUUUUCCUUUGUGUUGAAUAGUGCACAACAUAAAGGAACCAUAAACUUCAUUGGGGCUGAUCCGAUUAUGGUGAAGAGUAGGGAUAUAUCGGUGGUUGGUGGGACUGGAGAUUUCUUCAUGCAUCGGGGAAUUGCAACUAUUAUGACUGAUUCUUACGAAGGAGAAGUGUACUUCAGGCUUCGUGUUGAUAUCAAGUUUUAUGAAUGUUGGUGAUCACACUCAUCAUAGAGAGUAAAUUAUCUGCCGACUGUAAUAAAAGUCUGGGUUUAUCAAAGCGUGCUGCAAUAAAACAGUCUUUUUUUUUCAUGAGUUUAAAAUGGUCGUGUAAGAUGUUUGAAUGACAUACAUAAUUUUGUUUGUAUGCACGUUAUUCAAGAUUAAUUGCUACGAUAUAUCGACCUUCUUAAUA